AUGGCUGAUUUUGUAAUUUGUGGCUGCGAAUAUCGUCGAACGGAAAUUCAACAUUCAACCGAUACUGCAGCAGCUACGGCAGCUAUCGUCACCGGUGCACCGUCGUCACGUCGAGUCGAACGGACGCCCGAGAUCGCCGUCACCAUGACCGUCACCGCCAAAGGAGUUCCUCGUUACCACCACCGGUCUUCUUCGUUCAAGUUAUUGCGUAUAGUUUAUGUACUAUCCAUAUGCAAGUAUACGUGGGCUGAACUUUGUGGUGGAAAUGGUGAAUCGCUGAAAUACUUGCGGGGUGACGCGCUCACCGAUAAUUUGGAUUGCAUCGGCCCCAAUGGUAAACCUUAUCCUGAGUCGAUAGUAGCCGGCACUUAUAGACGCACCCACAACUGGGGAUCAUCAAGGACAGGACGCGACGCUUUUAACGCAGGCUCGAAACCCAGUCCCGAAACGGUACGAGAAACACUACUAAAAACCUAUAAAAUUAAUAAUCACAAUGAAGAUUACACGAUCAGUAGAACUGCCCGAGAAUAUGGAUCAACACCAGCAGCCAAUCGUGAACUAUGUCAAACACCAAACAGACUGUGCCGCACCAGAUACAAUACGACUGCGCCUAUGUACGGUGUGUCAUUGACGUCUGGCCAACCUGUGACUAUCGUUCAAAAAUUCCCAGAUCUGUUACAACAAGUCGUUUACGAAGUUUGCGAAUCAAACGAGUGCGACAUGGUCAGAGGAGAGUGUACGCAAACUUACGUACCAUACUUGUUCCUGGUAAUACCUUUGGGACCGGUGACACUGACCGGCCAGGAUUACGUGCUCGUGGAAAGUGGAUGCGUAUGCAAACCAAAGGGCUCCAGGUCCACUGCACACGAAUUGGUGUCUACUAUUCCGGCAAUGCCUCGUCCUUAG